AUGCCGACUACGAAAUUCUGUUUGGACUGCAACAAUAUCUUGUACCCGCGCGAGCACAGGGAUGGAAGAAUCAGAACUUUGCAUUUCGCCUGCCGCAACUGCGAUUACCAGGAAGAAGCGGACAACAACUGCGUCUAUCGUCACGAAGUCACUCAUAUCCCGAGCGAACAGACUAUGGUGAUCACGGAUCUAUGCUCAGAUCCUACGCUGCCUCGGACAGAAACAGUACCUUGCCCAAAGUGCGCCGGCCAAAAUGCCGUUUACUUCCAGUCUCAGUCCCGCCAUCCUGACACACGGAUGACCCUGUACUAUGUCUGUGCCAACCAGCAAUGCCAGCACCGCUGGCAGUCCUGA